AUUUCCAUGGUUGAUUGAUAUUUGAUAAUAAUAUCCAUAAAAUUUCCAGAAAUUCCUCGCGAUUCUACGCUUUCCCCAGUUUCCCUCCACAAAACAUCAUAGCUUCUGCGAGAGAUAUGGCGGUUGAGCUGAAACGUCUCGGCGGAGCCGACGCAGCGCCGUUUCAGUUACGGCGUUCUCUGAAUCCACGCGUUGGACGAUUGUCCUUUCAGUCUCCUCCCAAUGCUCCUCGUCGGCUCAUUACGCUGGCAGUUGUUAAGAGGAACCCAAAACGCCUGAAAUACGCGACACCUCGCUUUCCUAAGGAAGAUGGAUUGUUGAAGGUUGAAGUUGAUCCGUCCGGGUCGGACUCUUGGAAACUUGACCCGGUUAUUGAGCUCUUGAAGGAAGGGGCUGUAGGAGUUAUUCCAACAGAUACCGUGUAUGCAAUAGUUUGUGAUCUGAGAAACAACUCUGCGGUUGAACGUCUGCGUAGAAUAAAAGAUGUAGAACCUUCAAAGGCAAGUUGUAAAAUUAUAUUAUGUCGCUCAUUCAAAGACAUCGAUACAUACACAACAGGAUUUCCCCGUGGCAAUGACCAAGGUCUUAAAAACAUUUUUCGAGCUGUUAAACAAUGCCUGCCUGGUCCUGAUUAUGUAUUUAUGUAUCUGCUUUGUUUAUGCGAAAUUAUAGAAACUAAACUUCUCCUGUCACAGUAUACUUUCAUUUUGACUACAAGCAAAGAAUUUCCGAAACAUUGCAUCCGAUAUGGGACUACAACUUCCAAGUAUGCCUCAAGAAAGAAUGUAGGUAUUCGCAUGCCAGAUGAUGCUGUGUGCAAGGCAAUACUCGAGAAGAUGGAUGCGCCUUUAAUAUCCACAAGUGUCAAGUCACCAAAGGAGGAUGAGUGGAUAUUAGAUCCUGUUGUAAUAGCUGACGUGUAUGGACCGGAGGGCCUUGAUUUUGUUGUUGCUGCUGGGAAUAGAUUUGCUGAUCCUUCUACCGUGGUAGACAUGACAGGGAGUUCGCCACGAGUUAUACGGCAGGGCAAGGGUCCCAAACAACCUUGGAUGGAUGCAGACGAUGAAGAAGAUUUUCAUGUGAAUGAAGAUUAGACAACACAUAAUGCUGCCUAAAUAGCAGUUGCUCUGACCUUGUGGAUAAUUUUUGUACAGCAUUGAAAUCAAGCCCAUUUGGCCAUCCUGUAAAUUUGUAUGGAAUGCUAUGUUAUGUUGUCUGUAUUAUUUUGUACAAUCAUCUUUAGCCCCCAUCACCAAAGUUUUAUCAAACUCGAAGGAUGAACAAAACUACUCGCCAGAAAUACUGUGAUUUGACUUGCUAAUUUCUAUUGCUUUAAAAUCAUGCAAGUGGAUGGAUAGAGUUGAAAUCUUAUGCAAGGUGUUGGUUACUUGCAGUUGGAAGAAUGAAUUAAGAUGAGAUUCCAUUUUCAGUUGCAUCCUAGUAAAUUGUUGGGAAUUGGCACUGCUUAUGGGAUGGGUAUCUACGUAUAUUGACCUGCACUAUUCAUUUUAGAGGGAGGAGGUGUGAUUGAUCCAUCAUGUAUUGUGGUAGUCGUUACUAUGGCUGAG